UUGCUGCUGGGGUCUUCCCGCCGCCGACACAACAGCAGCUGCCGCCUCCUCAGAGGCCAGGGUUGCCAAGGGCGCUGGCCCGCCCGCCUGGUGCUCCUUCGAGCCCUUGCUGCCCCCUCCCCUGAGGGUCAGCCGUCUUCCCAGGCCACCCAGGCAGCCGCUGCCUGCCCAAUGCUCAUGCGCCUGGGCAGGGUUUAAAGCUCGGGCGCAUGGUACGUCGUGCGCGCAGCGUUGGUUCAGGCAGACACUCCAGCGGGUUGCGCCUCGGUCUUUUCCAGCCGCAGCAGCUCCGCUGCCUUCAUUCACUUCCUCAGGAACCCCUAUAAGAGGUGCCUGCCCUCCUCCGCCUUCCCUGGAGCUGCUGCUCAGUUUUUGCCUCGCGGACGGUCUGGUAGCAGGUUGGAGUCCUCGCCCCAACACCUAUCUGGUGCAGCAGCCAUGGCUUCUGUCCUGCUCCUCCUAGGUAUCUUCUUUCUUACCAGUCCUGCCAAGGGCAGUGAGAAGUCAGCCCCCACAGCCAUUACAUGCUUUACAAGAGGACUUGAUCUCAGAAAGGAUAAAGCAGAUGUACUCUGCCCCGCAGACUGCCCUAGAUGGCAGUUCUAUGUCAUUGGAAAUGUUGUGUAUGCCUCCCUUUCCAGCAUCUGUGGAGCUGCCAUUCACAGGGGUGUGAUCACCAGUUCAGGAGGACCUGUAAGAGUCCAGAUGUUACCAGGGCAAGAGAAUUACUCUGCAACUUAUGCCAAUGGAAUCCAAUCCCAAGUGCUCUCUAGAUGGUCAUCCUCUUUCUCAGUAUCCAGAGCCACGAUUGGAGCACUUGAAGCAGCUGCACGGCCAGUUUCAACAGCACGCCCAUCCAUGGGUAAGCGACCUAAGAAAACUGUUGAAAAAAAGUCUGGGAACAAAGACUGUAAAGCGGAUAUUGCUUUUCUGAUUGAUGGAAGCUACAAUAUUGGGCAGCGUAGAUUUAAUUUGCAGAAGAACUUUGUUGGGAAAGUAGCGGUGAUGCUGGGAAUUGGAUCUGAAGGACCACAUGUGGGAGUUGUACAAGCCAGUGAGCAUCCCAAAAAUGAAUUUUAUCUGACUAACUUCACUACAGCAAAGGAUGUUUUAUUUGCCAUAAAAGAGAUAGGCUUCAGAGGAGGCAAUUCCAAUACAGGAAAAGCUUUGAAACACACAGCACAAAGAUUCUUUUCUGCAGAAAAUGGGGUGCGCAAAGGCAUUCCUAAAAUCGUUGUAGUUUUCAUAGACGGCUGGCCAUCAGACAAUAUUGAAGAAGCUGGUAUAGUGGCCAGAGAAUUUGGCAUUAAUGUGUUCAUUGUGUCAGUUGCGAAGCCCACAACUGAAGAACUUGGGAUGGUUCAAGAUGUUGGCUUUAUUGAGAAGGCUGUUUGUAGAAAUAAUGGCUUCUUCUCCUACAACAUACCCUCCUGGUUUGGUACUACAAAAUAUGUCAAACCUCUUGUUCAAAAACUGUGUGCCCAUGAACAAAUGCUGUGCAGCAAGACUUGCUACAACUCAGUCAACAUAGCUUUCCUGAUAGAUGGUUCUAGCAGUGUUGGAGACAGCAACUUCCGUCUCAUGCUUGAAUUUAUUGGCAAUGUUGCCAGAUCAUUUGAAAUCACAGAUAUUGGGGCCAAGAUAGCAGUAGUGCAGUUUACCUAUGAUCAGCGCACUGAGUUCAGCUUUACAGACUACAUCACAAAAGAGAAGGUUCUGACAGCUCUUCGAGGAAUCCGCUACAUGAGUGGUGGUACUGCUACUGGAGAUGCCAUUACUUAUAUAACCAGAAAUGUGUUUGGACCUGUGAGAGAUGGAGCCAACAAAAAUUUCCUGGUGAUUUUGACUGAUGGCCAGUCUUAUGAUGAUGUCAGAGGACCAGCAGCUGCUGCUCAUAAAGCAGGUAUAACCACCUUUUCUAUUGGCAUUGCUUGGGCCCCACUGGAUGAUUUAAAAGAUAUGGCAUCUGAACCAAGGGAGACGCACACCUUCUUCACAAGAGAGUUUACAGGACUAGAGCAGAUUGUUCCGGAUGUUGUUAGAGCCAUUUGCCGAGAUUUCUUGGACUCUAAACAGUGAAUGGAAGUCUGCAGGAGAUGACUUUAAAUCACAUCAGGAAAGCCAAGACGGUCUCUCUAGGGUACAGAUGUUCUGUUAUUCUAGCACACAAAGUUGCAAGGAUUUGGGUUCACUUACAAAGGGCUACUAUUCUGCUUUCUGUAGGCAAAGCUUCUACUGAAGUCAGUACAAGUUUUGCUUGAAUAAAUAGCAAGUACAGAAUUUAGCCGAAAGCUACCAUUGUAUAUUUAAUAUUCCUCAGUUAAAGUUUAAAGUGAUGCAGAUCUUAAAGUUUCUUGAUAUCCAUUUUAUGUAUAUAGAGAAAAUAUAUGCAGCUCCUGGCAUUAAUUGCUGUUACUUACUAUAUGUCUCCUCCCAAAUUAAAAUCAAUAUAUCUCAAAUACAUGCAUUCUAUCCAGUGCAAAAAUAACAAAAAACCUUAUUCUAGAAUGCUGUCAGCAGUGACAUGGAGAAUAUUAAGUGAGUUAUGAAACACAUUUCCAAUGUGUUACUUAAAAUGCUUUUGGAAAGUUCUAUACAACCUGAUCUUCAGUCAACCUACAUAUUUAGAUUGGGGAGUUGGGAGUGGGGCGGAAGACUGAAGUAAAAUACUCCAAAACAUGAACAUAAGUUGCCUACCUACCUGGCUAACCUCUUUUGCACCAAAGAACCCACCAAUUUAAGUUUGGAUUUAAAAAAAACCAAAAUCUUAGUCAUGCUAAGCUCUGACUAGUACUGUUUGUAGAGUCUUCUAAAAAAUCCUGCAACAUAGACUUGUACACAAUGAGACAUUUGUUUCAAACUUUUAACUCUUAGGAAAAAACAUUUAGAUGUUUUAAUAGAAAAGGUGCUGUUAAGAAUGGGUUAGAUUUUGUGGAAUGGAUCUUUCUUCUAUCCUACUAGGACCUUUCCCCCUAGUUCUGUGAGAAGAACUAUCUGUUCACACAGGACACUGCUGGAUCUGACCCAAUGUUCAGUUUUGGCAGUGAAAAGACUACGUACUCUUGCAUAUGUAGUAUAUUUAAUGACCAGCAUUUACAAUGACUGUGCCCAUGCAUAACACACUAAACAUAAAAUAUGUGUAACUAAAUUGCACUUGUCAGCUGCACAUCCACUUGUAUCCAAUGUUGAACAGAACUUGCCUUGUUAUAUCAACAAAGUCUUGGUUGUGAAUCAAGCUCCCCAGUGGACUUCUCUAGCAAGGUCUCCUCUUCCUUCUCCAAUGUGCCUCUAACAAUUAAUUCAAAAAGGUGAAAUCAAGGUGGAUGAGGUAGGUAGGCAUGAAGACAGAAGAAUAGCUGGAUUUUAUUUUGAAGCAAUUCAGUCUAAGGCUGCAUCCUGUACACACUUGCUUGGGAAUAAGCCCCAUUGAACAAGUGGGGCUCCAGUGAUGAAGUUAUUUUAGUCCACCUUUCAACCAUGUUCUAGAUUUUAAAUAUGUACAUGUUUUUAGGAAACUAAUUUCCAAUCAUGUGUAUACAUCUUUCAUUACUGAUUAUUUUAAAUUUUUUAUCAACUGAAAUUAAGGUGUUGUCUCAAGUCUCUUUAGAUUAAAACUAUGAGGGAAAAUAAUGACAAAUCCAGGAGUUUCAGAUUAAGUGAGCAAUAGAUGAGAUUAUAAACCACAAGGAACUACCAUUAACUACAAAACUGAGUUCUUUUUUUCUACUAUAUAUUGUUUGUAAAAUUCUAAGCUGUUAUAAAAAAGGUACAGAAGGGAUCAUAUUUAUGUGGCUUUUAGUUUUGUUUUUUUAAAAUUAUGAAUGGCAAUAUAUUACACUAAAUAUGAAUGGCAAGAAUGCCUUGUAUUUUUCUACUGAAUCUCUUCAUAUAUUGGUAGUUCUGCACAGUAUCCUCUUACUGUAUGGAACAACAGGUACUCAAGGAAAGAUAUGGAUUUUGUUCAGAUUACUAGUUUGAGCUUUAAAAAAGUUUUGUUAUAGAAAAUGCACAUUCUUUACAUAACAGCUACUGUACUUUUUAAUAUAUAGACAAGACUCCAGAAAUGCAGUAUGGUAUAAGUCAAAGCAAUAAUAAAAAUUGCCGCUUUUGGUAUCAUUAAUUACUGAAUCACAAUAAAACAAUGAAUAUUUAAAAUA